AUGGGCUGUGCGCGCGGGCAGAGCGGGAGCUGCGCGAGUAUCUGGACGUCGCUGUCACGGCCGCUCGCCACGCGGGCGAGGUUCGUCGCAUUGCCCCGUGCGUGUGUGCGCUGCCCCGUGUGCGCUGCCCCGUGUGUGCAUGCACCAUGCCACAUAGCGCGUGACGCACCCCGCAGCCCCUCGCACGUGCCGUAUCCCAACGCCCCUCACUUCCCAUCACGCCCCUCCGCUUGCCUGGCGUGCCGCCUGCAUCGCCCAACAACCCUCCCAGUCCUCUCCCUCUCCUCUCCCUCGCCUCGCCCCUCCUCUUCUCCUCUUCUCUCCUCCCCGCUCCUUCGCUGUUUCCCCGCCAACUUUCUCCUCUCCGUUUCUUUCUUCUUAACUCCCUCUACUCCGCCAUCCCUCCCCCCAUUCCUCCAUCCCCCCCCAUUCAUCCAUCCCCCUCCAUCCCCCGCCAUCCCUCCAUCCCCCUCCAUCCCUCCACCUCCCUCCAUCCCCUUCCAUCCGCCUCCAUCCCUCCAUCCCUCAACUCACCCACCCAUACAUCCGUGGAUGCGUGCACACGUGUCACCAGGUGAUUCGCCGCAGCUUCAACGCACCAAAGGACGUGCAGCACAAGGGCAAGGCGAGGAGGAGUCAUCAGUGCAUGGCACGGCGGGGCUGUCAGACGACCCCACGUGGAUGGUGGACCCCCUCGAUGGCACCACCAACUUCGUGCACCGGUAUCCAUUCGUGUGUGUGUCCAUCGGGCUGGCCAUCAACAAGGCGGUGGUGGUGGGGGUGGUCUUCAACCCCAUCCUCAACGAGAUGUUCACAGCGAUGAGGGGUCAUGGUGCCAUGCUCAACGACGAGCCCAUCCAUGCAUCCUCUCAGACGGACAUUGGGUCAGCACUGCUCGCCACUGAGAUAGGCACCAAGAGGGAUGCAGGCACAGUGGCAGGGCUGACAGGGCGCAUCAGCAACCUGCUCUUCCAGGUGCGGUCGCUGCGGCUGUCGGGGUCAUGUGCGCUGAACCUGGUGGGAGUGGCAUGCGGCCGCCUCGACCUCUUCUACGAGAUCGGCUUCGGUGGACCCUGGGAUGUAGCAGCGGGGUCGCUGAUAGUGGAGGAGGCGGGCGGCCUCUGCUUUGACCCGUCAGUGCCCUGCGCCCUCCCUUCCCUUGCUCCCUGCUCCUUGCUCCCUGCUCCUUGCUCCCUGCUCCUUGCUCCUGGCUCCUUGCUCCUUGCUCCCUGCUCCCUGCUCCUUGCUCCUUGCUCCUUGCUCCUUGCUCCUUGCUCCCUGCUCCUUGCUCCUUGCUCCCUGCUACCUGCUCCUUGCUCCCUGCUCCUUGCUCCCUGCUCCUUGCUCCCUGCUCCUUGCUCCCUGCUCCUUGCUCCCUGCUCCUUGCUCCCUGCUCCUUGCUCCCUGCUCUGCCAUCUCAUCAUCAUGUUCGCGGAGGCGCACGGCGCGCGCAUCACGGACCCCGAGGGGCGCGAGUACCUCGACUUCCUCUCCGCCUACUCCGCCGUCAACCAGGGCCACGGCAACGCGCGCAUACUGGCGGCGCUGCAGCAGCAGGCGGAGCGGUGCACGCUGUCGUCGCGCGCCUUCCACAACGACCGCUUCCCGCUGUUCGCGCGGCGCAUCACGGCGCUGAUGGGGUACGACAAGGUGCUGCCCAUGAACACGGGCGCCGAGGCCGUCGAGACCGCUCUCAAGGUCGCCAGGAAGUGGGCGUACGAGAAGAAAGGCGUGCCCGCCAAUCAGGCGCUGGUGAUCUCGUGCUGCGGGUGCUUCCACGGGCGCACCAUGGCGGCCAUCAGCAUGUCGUGUGACAACGACGCCACGCGCGGCUUCGGCCCGCUGCUGCCCGGCCACCUCAAGGUGGACUUUGGGGACGUGGACGGGCUGCAGCGCCUGCUGGCGGGUGAGUGGGGGGCCACGCAUGAGCACGGCCCACGCGUGGCGGCGUUCAUAGUGGAGCCCAUCCAGGGCGAGGCGGGCGUGGUGGUGCCGCCCGAGGGCUACCUGCGGGCGGUGCGGCAGCUGUGCUCCCAGCACGGCGUGCUGCUGCUGGCCGAUGAGAUCCAGACGGGCCUCGCCCGCACCGGCAGGAUGCUCGCGUGCGACCAUGAGGGCGUGCGCCCUGACGUGCUCGUCAAUCCUGGGCAAGGCGUUGGGAGGGGGGGUGGUGCCAGUGAGUGCGGUGCUGGCGGAUGA